AUGAAGUUCUCAACACUUACCCCGGCCCUAUUGGGUCUCACUGCCUCAGUGACUGCCUACUCCGUGGAGUACUCGACAGAGACAGGAUACUUUUUGCAGGAUGAGAGCUCAACUGAUGCAUCGACCUUCGACUAUACGGCUGUUAACUUCGGUCUCAUCAAUCGCACAUACCCCGCAGACAGCCAUUUAAAGAAACACCACGACUACUCCCAGUGGGAACGCUUCUACCACCAAGUCCAGAAGCUCAAUCAGGACUCACACAAGGACGUCGAGUACAAGGUCCUCUUCCUUGGUCGUCACGGCGAGGGCUAUCACAAUGCCGCGGAGACUUUCUACGGUACACCGGCAUGGAAUUGCUACUGGGCCGAACUAGACGGAAACAGCACAAACACCUGGAAAGACGCAUCCCUAACAGAAAACGGCAUAACCCAAGCUCUCAAAGCACACAACCUAUGGCAAAAGCUCAUAAAUGAACAAAACAUCCACACGCCAGAUAACUACUUCGUCAGCCCACUCACUCGAACCCUCCAAACAGCAAACUAUACCUUCACAGAUCUAUCUCUACCACGCGACGCAGCCGCCUUCAGACCACUUGUAAAAGAACUUUUCCGCGAAGGAAUCAGCAUUCACACCUGCGACCACCGCUCUAGCCGAAGCUACAUCCACAAAUUAUUCCCCAAGUGGGCGAUUGAGGCCGGUUUCACCGAGGACGAUGAACUUUGGAACGGGGUAACGGGUGAGACGAGCGCAGCGCAAGAUGUGCGGAGCACGACAGCGCUGAAUGAGGUAUUUUUCACGUCUGCGUCGGCAAAAUCCGAGGCGGUUGUUUCGGUGACGGCGCAUUCUGGGGAAAUUUCUUCUAUUUUGAGGGUUUUGGGUCAUAGGACUUUCUCGCUUAGUACGGGCGCUGUUAUUCCUGUUCUUGUGAAGGCGGAGAAGAAGGGGGGUGGUCAUGAUCCUGUGAAGAGUUCUAGUGUUGCUUGGACGAAUAGUCCUCAUUGUACGGUGCCGCCGGUUACGUCUGUCACUGCUUGUGUUUGUCCUUCGAGUGCGGUGCCGGUUACGACGCCUUUGGUUACGGAUCUUUAG